UCAUUUUCUAUAUCUUUGCAAGUCAACAUUUAUUUUACAGCGUCGAGAAUUUCUUACAAAAAUUAAAAAUAAAACAUGGCCAACAACCAAGGCCCAUUUCCAGUUGCAGUACCAGAUGCAGAGUUCAACCAGAAAGUGUCCAACUGUAUCCUCGAAGAGAUAAAUCGGCUGAUCCUGUGGCGCAAUUGGAAAAAAUCGGUGCUUGUAUUUGUGGUCCUUCAGAUUUUAAUCUUCGAUUUUGCCAAUGAGUCGGCUAUAAGAGUAUUUUGCAUAUGGAUUCUGUUUGGACUAUUACUAACGAUCGGCUAUCGCGUCUAUGUGCGGUGCCUUCAGUGCAUAAAUAAGACCCAUAUCCAGGGAAAUCCCUACCAGAAAUAUCUGGACAUGGACAUCAAUAUUUCCGAGGAGGCAGUAAGGCAGCUGGUGUUAUUAGUGCCAUCAAAAACCUUUGGGUUUCUCAUUCAGCUUAAAUCUGUUGUCUUUGUGACGAAUUUUUGGAAAACCCUUAAGUGGAUGGUAGUUUUUAGUGGAAUGUGCCUUAUUGGCGAGUUUAUUUACAUCAGCACUUUAGUUCAUUUGGGAUUGGUUUUGCUCUUCACAAUACCCAAGAUUUGUACGUGGACUUCUAACUUUUACGGCACAGAAAAAUCUAGCCAAUUUCAAAUUCAAUCCCCUAUUUCGGAAGAGAUGGACAUUACCUCCUCCAAUCAGUCUAAUAAUGGAAAUAGUAAGACAGUCCUAAAGAAACUGGAUGAUAAUAAAAGUUCUGUCAAUUUAGAUAUUAAACAGGAAUCUCAAUCCGGGAGCGAUAAUACGAAAACAUUUAAAGAAGCUAUCAAUGAAAUGGACAUCAGCUCCUCAAAUCAGUUCAUUAAUGUAAAUUAUAUAACCCAGGAAUCUCAAGGGAUCGAUAAUCCUAGAACAUUUGAAGCUAUUAAUGAGUUCGAGCGUCUUGACUCUACCUUGAUAGAUGAAGAACUGACUAAAUGAUUAAAAAAACUUUAGUAAGAAGUGAAAUGGCUCCUUCCAAAAACUUGUUCUAUAUAUUUUAAUCCGUUGGGAAUACCUAAAUUGGUAUUUUAAACCAUCUUGUAGCCAAACAAAUACUCUGGAAAAUUAUUUUACUUUAUAAUAAAAUUAAUAACUACUUUUUCUUUU